UCUUUUGUGGCGCCGGCACGCGUGGGCGCCUUUGAGGCUUGUCUCGUCGCGCUUUUGGCUGCACGUGAACGCACAGCGAGCUGUCAAAUUAGCGCAGCUGUGGCUGGAGCGGUUUUGCAGGCUGUGCUGCCGGAGAGCCUGCCUCGCAGCUCAGCCUAAAUAGCACCGCACACGUCGGUAAACGCAAGACGAUUGAGCGUGGCAACGCAGCAGUGCCCCAAGCGUCAGAACAGAGCAGCUGCGGCAACGCAAGGCCGCCGACGCGACGGCAGAGACAGUGAGAGCACCUUGCUCAAACAAACCACAAACAGCAUGUCGUCGUCGGAGAACGCGCUACCAACACCGCCGACGCCGCACGGCCCGCUGCUCGCGCCGUCGCACCACCGCACUUCUUCCACUCUGCAGCGGCACCUCGAGACCGCGCUCGCGCCGGCGACGCUUAAUAAGAGAAGCGCCUCGGUCACGGACCAGAUCGAGCUGGAGGAGUGGUGGUCGUUGACGCCGGAACGACUGCGACGGAUCUUCAAGGAGGUCGACGUGGACAACGACGGCCGAUUGCCUUUCGCGUGCCUCGUCGACUCGCUGCGGCGUUACGACCUCGCGGCCCAGGAGCAGGACGUCACGGACACGCUCACGAAGUUGCGAAGCCCUUCUUCCGACGGCGAGGACGACUUCGCGCGGGCCUGGCGGCGCAAAUCUACGACAGAAGUGACGGAGGACGAGUUCUUGGCUGCAGCUAAACAAUUGAUGGUCGCCAAGGUCUUCGCGGCGGCGCGACGGAAGAAGCCGCUUGUGUCCCUCGUGGAUUUUGGAUUGGACGACAUCGACAUCGGAGACGACGUCGAAGUCACCAAGGCGUGGCUCGCGCGCCCGUCGACGAAGAGGACGCGGUGGGUCGAGAUACGAGGCGACGAGACGGCGUUACGGCUCUUAGGUAUCGAGUACGCGCUCCACCCGCUGGCGCUCGAAGACGCGCUGCGGCCCUCCCAAAGGCCGAAGGAGGAGCGCUACGAGACCCACGCGCAGAUUGUGGUCCCUCGGUUCGUUGUACAUGGAGACGCCUUGGCACCUCAAGUAGCGACGGAGAACGUGUCCAUUUUUGUUGCCGGCGAGUCGCUCGUGACCUACGCCGCGUCGACGCAAGCGCCGGCCUGGUCGCGGCGCGUGCGAGCGGAACUCGCUUGUAGUUUUACGAAGCUCCGGGAGGAAGGGUCGAAUUUUUUAGCUUAUCGCGUGCUGGACGCGGUCCUCGAUAGCGGAGCGCCCGCUGUUGCUGCUUUACGGGGAUCUAUAGCAAGGCAGCGCGACAUCCUUCGAAGAAGUAAAUACUCCUCGAACGACGCGGGCGCCACUUUACAAAGGAUCAAGUGCGACCUCGAACAGAUCCUAAGGUUGCUGCGACCGUUAGCGCGUGUUCUGAUGACCCUCGUCCAGGACGACGACGUCGUCGACCAUCGAUAUAACUCUUAUAUCGAAGAUGCGGGCGAGAACGUCGCCGAGCUCGAGGACGACAUCGCGGCCGCGCUGAGUGACAUCGAGCGCCUCGCCGAGGAGUCGGAGCUCUAUUUCCAGCGGAGUCGGGAGCUGUGUGGAAAUCAACCAGUGCGUCGGAUGCGGUGAGAGACCCGCACUGCCACGCCAUCGAGCAGGCGUCGCGUCGAUGGCGUUGCAACGCGACGAACGCCCCGUAAAAUUUUGAUUUCCACACAGGUCAAGAAAAAACGAUUUAUGUGCUGACGACGGUCACGGCUAUUUUUCUGCCGUUGCAAUUCGUCACGGGCCUCUUCGGCAUGAAUUUCAAAUAUAUGCCCCAGCUCAACGACCGCGGGGCGUAUUAUUUGCUUCUGUUGAUCAUGACGAUCUACACCGUCCUGGCGCUGCUUCUCGUCUGGUGGUGCUCGUCCGGGCGGCGGCGGUCGCUCAAGCACCACGACAUCGAGGCGGCAUAACUAGUUUUGUAUAUG